GGUGGCGGCUGCCUGGGCACUCGAAAUAAUCAGCUGAUUUACCUUAUCGGCAAGGCACAUUCAUACGGUAGAGUGUAGGAACACAUUUUAAAAAGCUUGAUUUAUCUCCCGAUCACCAUAAGCAGUAUAAACUCAACGAGUUCUCAUUCGUGUCUUCUGAUGUUUAACUUAUAAGUGGAUUUGUUGGUUGCCACCACCAGUGUAUCCCGUAUGUCGAAAGUCUUCACAUCCGCUUUCCAGACUUGUUUGGUGUCAGACAAGAUUUCCGGAUCGUCUUUAAUUAGAAAUGGAGUGGUUAAAGAAGCAGAUCGAUUCGGACCAUGAAGAAAAGAAGCUUUUGUUCCCUGAGAAGUUUGUAGAAAAUCACGGCAUGCCUCUUGAUCUGGAAUGGAUCAACAGCGUAAGAUGCAAUUAUAAUGCCGUCGUGCAAAAUGUAGACGCGAUCUUGGCUCGGAGACCUCUAUCUAAAUCGGAUCAACUGGUGUGGCUGUUACGAGCGGUAUCGUGUAUUGAUUUAACCACUUUAUCCGGCGAUGAUACUGCAGGCAAUGCUGCCCGUUUGUGCCAUAAAGCGAAACAUCCCAUACAGGAAACGUACCUUUCUAUGAUGGGAUUGCAAGAUUCUGACCUGCAAACAGGAGCUGUCUGUGUUUACCCUGCUCGCGUGGCGGAUUGCGCAAAAGUAUUAAACGCUGUGGAGAAAAAUUCCACCAAAGCUAAGCUUCCGAUCGCUGCGGUUGCCACCGGAUUCCCGAGCGGCCAGUAUGCUUUACAGUCCAGAUUGGAUGAAGUCAGACAGGCCGUUGGGGAUGGAGCAAUGGAAAUUGAUAUUGUAAUUAACCGUGCUCUUGCGCUGAAAAAUGACUGGAACGGUCUUUAUGAAAAAUCUAAUGGUCUUGGAUGAGCGUGUGGCAAAGCGCACAUGAAAGCAAUCCUUGCUGUUGGCGAGCUGAGUUCGGCGGAGAAUAUUUAUAAAUGCAGCCUGAUUGCAAUGAUGGCUGGUUCCGAUUUCAUUAAAACCUCAACAGGGAAAGAAACGGUAAAUGCCACCUUACCAGUAGGACUUAUAAUGGCACGGGCGAUAUGGGAUUACUGGAACCGAACCGGUUUUACGGUUGGCUUUAAACCAGCUGGAGGUAUUCGCACUUCUGCGCAAGCGAUUCAAUGGCUAACACUUAUGCAAGAGACUCUUGGACCACUUUGGACACACAAUAAUUUGUUCAGAAUCGGAGCCAGUGGUCUGCUGACAGAUAUUGAAAAAGAAAUUCAUUUUAAUUUGACUGGAAAGCACGCAGUAUUAACCGAUUUUCCCAUGGCAUGAUUCCAGUAUGCGCCUAUCGGGCUGUGCGAUCCUGAUUUGUUUUUCACAUUUCUAAUGCUUAACAGAUCCAAAAUGACUGAAUGAAAUAUGAACUCAA